ACAAAAAUAUUCAUACUAGGGUUACGUUGGCAAUCCUUGCGUUGUAUGUUCAACCAAACAAAAGUAAACAUAGGAUAUGAAACAAAUUUCCCCAAGUCUAGGCACACAGCAAAAUUUUUUGUGCAGUUUUCAUACGUCAAGAAAGAAAACCAAUUAUUUCUUCUGCUAUUAGUCAUCAAAAGAACACGGAAGUUUGUGGCGUUAUUUGUAUCAUGUUUUUGCCACAGUAUCGCGCUGAGAGAUAAUUACAGUUAUGCGUUUUUAACUGGAACAUCCGACGUCGUAAUUCAGAGUCAAAGUUAAUGGAGCAACAGAAAUUAACAGUUCUGAACACCAGUAACUGAAUCAUCAAGACUUAGUGCCCAUUUGUAUAGCCAUCAUGGCUAGUGGUGGUGCUCCAGGUAACGAAAAUGAUGAAAAUUCACCCCUGGAAAACAGUACGACAUUGGAGGAUGAUGAUGGUGCUGCAGCAAGUAGCAGCACAAGACAGCGGUAUGAUAGUGAAGGCAAUGCAAGUGACAGUUCAAGCAGCAGCAGCAAGAGAUUGAGGAUUACACCAGGAUAUGCUUUACCGGUACCAGGUAUCGCAGCAUCACCACCGAAGUUUGUCUCACUGGAAGAGAUUAUGCAAGCUGCAAAAGGAUUGAAUAACAUGGCGCUUGCUCAUGAAAUUGCAGUUGAUAAAAAUUUUGAGUUGCAAAGACUAGAUCCACCAGAAGACAGCUUACAUAAAAGAGUGAAAGAAACAAUGAAGAAAGCAUUUUGGGAUCUGCUGUCUCUUAAGCUUUCUGAAGAUCCACCAGAUUACAGUCAAGCAAUGAAUUUGCUUAGGGAUAUAAAAGAGUAUUUGUUCAGUCUGCUCUUACCACAGCAUGUGAAACUGAAAGAGGAAAUAUCAGACCAACUGGAUGAAGAUAUAAUCCAGCAACAGGUUGAUGCUGGCACAUUAAACUUCCAGGACUAUGCCCAAUGUGUUAUUGCAAUCAUGGGGAAACUGUGUGCCCCUAUAAGAGAUGAAAAAAUAAAAGAACUUUCUGAGACAAAAGAUGUAGUUGCUGUCUUUAAAGGGAUACUGGAGACCUUGGAACUGAUGAGAUUAGACAUGGCCAACUUCACAAUUAAAAUGUUUCGCCCAGACAUCAUAGCCAGUAGUGUGGAGUAUGAAAAGACAAAAUUUGCAGAAUUCCUUAAAAUACAACCAGAUGGUCUUGCACAUACUAGGGCGUGGCUCAAGAGGCAUUUGAGACCAGGUGAGGGUCCAGACCCUGCUGCACCUGCCCCUGAAGUCGAGAUUGCUCUGCGCUCUCUCACACAGCUUGUCUUGGGCAGAGCUUAUCUAGAGCUGCUUGAGUGGGACCGCUCCGUUACCUUCCCAGAGACUCUGAUAAUGGAUGAAGUUCGUUAUUUGGACCUUGGGGAUCAGACACUUCGCCUUUCGGUAAUGGGCAGUAUUCUACUUGUGGUUACAAGUGUAGUCAGUGCACUUGUAGGGAACACGAGCUUCAAGACCAUGUUGAAGGACCAUCUCACUGUACUUUUGGCAGAAGUACACAGCAAUCAGGAUCUGACAGACGUGAUGCCAAAUGUAUCAUUGCAAAUAAUCAAGGAUGUAAAUGAUUCUUUAGUGGAAUGUGGAUUUUCUCAGCUGGACGAAACUGCAACUGCAUCCCUCACUUCUCAGAUUUCCAGUGUUGCAUUUCCAGAACAUAAAGUGAAACAACUAGUUCGUUUGCGAAUAAUGGAGUUCUUAGAACUUACAAUAACAUCUCCCACAGCAGCACCUGUGCAAGUUCCUCCUGGACUGUCUUUUCUGAAAGCAGAACUCACAACACUAACUGGCCAGUUUCUUCGCCUGGUAUCACAUAAUCGUGCAGUUUAUGGUGAAUACUAUAGUGAAAUUAUAGCAGAUGCUGUGAAAUCUGCAAAAGCAUCACCUUAGCUACUUACACUUUCAUUUUGAGAAACAUUGUUAACUCUCAUUGAAACUCUUUUUAAUUGUAACUGGAAUCCAACUGAGUAUUCCAUGACAGAUUCCUCCAUUUAUUUAAACAAUGGUGUAUGAUCAGGUUUCAUACAGACCAUUUUUCACAAUAUGAAAAGGGAAUACAGAUGUUAAUUUCUUUCUUAAAAAUAAAUAAAUAAAGUAUUUAUUGUA